CGCCUUGUGACUAUUCCACCUUAGGUUCAAUGUUACAGUCACAAACCGAUUUUUAUGUGUUGUUUUUUUUUUUUUGCGCCUGAAACGCAACAGAUCCUUGCUUAGCUGAGUAAACCGCGCUAUCGGAUGACAGAGACGCGAGUUUCCGAGUAGCGAACCCUCUCCCGUCAUGUUUCAAGCUAUCAGCGGGAGGAGCGUCCCGGCCGUCCGUCUCCUCGCACCUCGGGCCGGCGUGCUACUCGAGACUGUAAGGGGCAGAAAGUCCCGCACCGACCCCAAGGCGAAGUCCAAAGAGGGGAGAAUCAAAGUGCCUCCCCCCGUCGAUCCGGUUGAGAUGGUGGUCAUCAAUGAGAGAUUUGCAGAAUACAAACUGAUCAUGAGGGCGCUGCGACUGGAGUUCAAAGAGGGGAUGCUGCGAAAGAGGUAUGAGCAGGAGACGGGCUCCAUGGCCGAGGAACGAGCCAGACAGGAGGCGGAGGAGCAUCGCGCCCUCAUGGCCUGGAAUCAAACCGAGAACCUCCGCAUGCUCCAAGUCAGACAACUGAGGAUCCAGAGAGAAAUGGAGGAGGCUCAGGCCAAGAAGAAAGAAGAAAUAGAGCGAAAAGAACAGGCGUUCCAAGAAUUUAUCAAAGAAAAAGAGAAGGAAAUUUUGGAGUUGCAGGAGGAAUCCAAGCACUUCAUCACUAUGGAGAACUUGGACCAGCGUAUCGAGGAGGCCCUGGACAACCCGAAGAACUACAACUUUGCCAUCGACAAAGAGGGCAGAGUGGUCAAGCAGACAGUACUGCAGUGAAAUGGACUGACCGGUCUGUUUCUGUGUCUCUGGAGACAAACACAAAGGACUUGACAGAGUUCACAGUCUCCCCCGCUCCCCCUUUCUCUCUAGCUCUCUCUCGACCCCAGGCACCAGACCUGAUCGUGCUGACUUGUGUUGACUGCACAGAUCACUGACAGUGGCCAGUGUUUCUAUUAGGCCUGGGCUCAUGUUAGUCAACCCAGGAUGUGGACCGUCAUCAUCCUGUAAAGUGUUAGGCAGAACAUACCAUUCCCAUCUACUAAGAAGAGGUUUUGGACGAAUACUGUGUGUACAUCAGCAAAUGAAUUGUGGUUUUUGUAUGCAUUCUGAAUUGAUGACCCGUUGUGUUUGAUAUUGAGUUCAAUAACACAGUUGGUGCUUUGAAUAAUAUCUUAUUAAUCCAUGCCCGUCCAGUGGUUUUGGUCCGUUAGGACACAAUUCCCUCAUUCAUUUGCUUGUUUUUUUCACCAGGAAUCAACUGGUGAAAGACUUCACAAAAUAAACACAUUUGAAGGCAGAAUGAUAAAGAGGCCUAGAUUUAAGACAUCAGUAAAGGCUUUUCAAUGUUUUCCCAGAAAUGGUGGAGUCAUGUUGUGUCUUUUAAUUUUCUGUUUUCUCUAUGUCAAAAGAUGGAGAGAAAAAAGAAGACAUCUUUUGAGAUUGAGCCUGGAUCCAGGUUCAGAUUUUUUUUUAUUUCUGGAGUCUGCUAUCUGUGUGUAAAAUAAAGUAGCAUAUACUGCAGCUGUACUUCUCUCACUGGGUCAAGAAUUUCAAUUUUCUGGCCGUGUGUGUGUCUGUGUGUGUGUGUGUGUCUUGUGUGCGAGUAUGCUUUUUUUAGGCAAACAUGAUUAGACAGUACCUGUCAGUCAACCCAUUAAAAGUGUAGAGGCUAAAUAGCUUGGCUGAGAAAAACAUUUCUUUUAAAAUACUAUGUCAUGUAGCAUUUAGACACGCUACUACCUUCACUGUUAACGGCUACACGUUCUUGCAGUUCCCGUUUCUGUCCACUAGAUGGUACAGUGAGCAUUUGCUAUAUUGUUUAGGUAGGCUCUUCAAAGUGGGGUCAGAAUUGGGUGUCUCAUGUGAGAUGAAGUGCUGCUAACCCAUUAUAAUCCUCUAAUCUCUGUCAUUGCAUGUCAACAAGUCACACGGCAGAUUACCGUUGAUCUCAGAAGACACGGGACGCUUAAUGCAAAGGUCAGGAAUACAAAAUGCACAAUCUAAUACGCAGAUCCCAUAACAUGUAUUUAUUUGAUAACCUGAUUUAAUUGAAGGAUUUGUUAAAUAUUUUCACUGGCCUCAUUUCAUGGAAAAUAAAAGGAACCUACGAUCUCCUCGCUGUUCAGGUUCUCUUUGUUCGACUUUCCAGAACAGUCCCACUUGAGUAAAGUAGAUAUUAAAAGGGUGAAGUCAUAAUGGAUCACGGUAACAGCGAUCGAUAGGUGACGAAAGAGCAGGUGUUUCGUGUGUAAGGACACUGUGUGAUGACGUCACCUGGCGUGUAUGUGGCGUCUCGGUAGUGGGGGUUAACGGGAUUGUUCAGCCUCAGCAGAUUGAAGCGCUGGUCUCCUCUGAGCCGAUCGUCCCAUUUACAGCCGGACACGGGAGAAGACCACCCUGCUGUUUCCCUACACACUUAUUUAGAUGGGAACAGAGAGAGAAGGCUGAAAGAAGUGGGUCUGUGUGGGGACGGUAAAGGUCAGAGGUCAUCUGCAGCAGCUCAUAUCAGGUCUCAACCUCCAGUUCAAUAAACAAGUUGUCUUAGAAGUGCUGUGGUAAGGUCCUAAAGGCACUAAUGGUACCGAAUCACAUACUUUUAGUAUACUUUUUUUUUUUGACCCCCCCCCCU